AUGUUUGUAUGCCGAUUUGAAAAGUGCGAAAAGUCUUUCAAGAAGCCGUCUCUGCUGGAGCUGCACGAGAACGUGCAUUUAAACAAAAGAGUCUUUGUGUGCGGCGUGUGUGGGAAGGGCUAUUUCAAAAACAGCCAUUUGAAAGUUCACUUUCUCAGAUCUCACACAGAAGGAGAGAGCAGAGCGUGCGAUGCAUGCGGAAAGAUGCUUGCCUCUGAAGAAGGCCUGAAAAGACACAAGGAAGUGUGUGGGCGCACUUUCACGUGCGAGGUGUGCAAAAUGGAGUUUGUGCGAGCUAAGUGGUACCUCACGCACAUGCGAGGAUGUGUUGGAGAAAUGCGCCCAGACGGCGCAGAGCCGUUGAAAGAAGAGGAGAGACCAAACAGAAAAAAACAAAAAAAAGCUAGAAAAGAAGAAAAAGAGCUGCACAGAUGCACAGUGUGCCACAGAGGAUACAAAAUAAAAAGAAACUGUGUGUACCACGAAAAGCACGCGCAUGGAGGUGUGCAGUAUGAGUGCUCCAAGUGCAGCAAAGUGUACAAGCACAAAGGCUCUCUUACAAGACACAUAGAAAAAGAGCACAAGAGCUCUUAG